CCUAGGGUGCAGCACUGUCAAAUCAAGAUGGAAGCGUCCAUGUCUCAUGUUAAAAAUGAUCCUUCACAAAAUGCUGCAGCAGAAAAUCCCAGCAGUGGUAUUAACUUGAUAGAAUUAAUGGAGAGACUUAUGGGUGAUAAGAAAUAUAGUUCUGGAAUGAUAAUCAUGCCCAAUGCAGGACUUCCACACAGAUUAAAGACCAGGGAGGAGUUGUUAAUAGAGAACACGAUGGAAAGUUGCACAUUUAAAACUGUCAUCAGCUGUGUGUUAGGUUUUGGCCUAGGUGGUGCGUUCGGCUUGUUCACAGCUGGUCUUGACCCUAGUAUCACAGGCGCUGAUGCCAGACAGCAGACAGCCAAGGAAGUUGUUCAGGAGAUGGGCAAGAGAGGAAUGUCAUAUGCGAAGAACUUUGCUGUCAUUGGCGCAAUGUUUGCUGGCACAGAAUGCGUCCUGGAAAGUCAUAGAGGAAAGACUGACUGGAAGAAUGGAACUCUAGCUGGAGGAAUCACAGGAGGAGUAAUCGGAUUACGUGCUGGAGUGAAGCCAGGAUUGCUGGGAGCUGCUGGAUUUGCUGUUUUCUCCACCGUCAUUGACUACUUCCUUCGGUAGCAGCUGUGGUGGAAGAAGCUGAGCUAUAUGUAGCAUCAUCCAUCUGUACAUUUAGGUAAUUAAAUUCGCUGUGUAGUUGGUGCGAUGGACGGCAAGUCUGUAGUGAAUUUAAUAGCGUGUGAAAAACUGCGAUGAAACAAAAUGUAAGAUUGUAAGUAAAUAAAUUGUGUCGUUUUAUGGUUUACAGAA